AUGGCCGGCUCGCAGCUCAAGCGACUCAAAUCUUCCCUUAGGGAGCAAGGAAUUGUUGGUCCUCAAAAGUCUAAGAAGCAGAAACGCCAAUUCGCGCAAGAUGAAAAGGCCAAAACCGACAAGCGCCUGCAGAGAGGUGCGGCCCUCAGCCAGAUCAGGGAACAGUUUAACCCCUUCGACCUCAAGCAUAACCCCCGAGGCCCCAAGUUCGAAAUCACAACCAACAGGCCUCAGACUGGGGCCGCGGCAAAGGGCAUCCAUGGCCGUCCGACCGAGGCCAAGUCUUUGGGCGAGCAGAGGCGCCGAGAGACUUUGCUGGUUGAGAUGCAGAAGCGAAACAAGGUCGGUGGAAUACUUGAUCGUCGAUUCGGUGAAAACGAUCCGUCUUUAGCCGAGGAGGAGAAGAUGCUCGAACGUUUCGCCCGUGAGAAGCAGAGAACGCACAAGAAGACGUCACUCUUCGACCUUGAAGAGACCGAGCCGCUCGGCGAGUUGACACAUAUGGGCCAAACUCUCAAUUUCGAACACCACGACGACAUGGCAGACGAUUUCGAAGAAGACGAUCUCGGGGAAGACGACGACAGCGACUCCUCUUUGACCGAGAAGAAGAGGCUCAAACGCCUCCGCAACGCUGGACUUGGUGAUGACGACGAAGCAGCUGCCGAUGAGCCUGAGCGGAAAAAGUCCAAGAAGGAGGUAAUGGAAGAGGUUAUUGCGAAGUCGAAGAUGCACAAAUACGAACGCCAAGUCGCAAAGGACGAGGACGAGGACCUUCGGAUGGAACUGGACAAGGAGCUACCGAAUCUCCACGCUCUCCUGACGUCUCACGGCAAGUCUGAUGCGCAGAAGAAAGAGGAGGCAAGCAGAUUGAUUGCUGGAGUUGACAAGUCUACUUUCGAGAAGGAAUUUGACUUGCGACUCAAGAAGCUCGUGCAGGAUCGCCGAGCAGCCCCCACUGAACGCACAAAGACCGAUGAGGAGAUGGCGGCGGAGGAAUCGAAGAGACUAAAGGAGCUGGAGGAGAAGCGCUUGAAGAGAAUGAGAGGCGAGUCAGUCUCUGACGAUGAAUCUUCAGAUGAGGAGAUGGAGGAUGAGACCCUCAAAGAGCCUGCUUUCCAGUUCGUCCCUGAAGAAGAGGACGAAGAUUUUGGUCUCGGAAAAGGUAUCAAACCCAAAACUCGUCCCACCGCGACUGAACUGGGUUUCGAUGACGAGGAUGACUUCCUCAUCGAGGACGACUUGAUUGCCAGCGGGUCGGACCUGGAACCCAUCGAGAGCGAAGAGGAGCAGUCGGAUGAGGAGGAAGAGUACCAGGGGGACGAUUCCGAGGACGAUGAGUUUACAAAGGGACUGCUUACUGAGGAGGAGACGAAGAGCUCUCUAUUUGCGAAUGCGGGCGGGAAAGGGGGGCAAGAGGUCGAUAGCUCCGAUCUGCCUUACACAUUUCCAUGUCCACAAAGUCUCGAGGAGCUGCUGGCACUGUCGCAGAAAUGCCCUAGGGAAAAGCUGCCCACCAUCGUCCAACGCAUUCGAGCUUUGUACCACCCGAAGCUUGACAGCAAGAACAAGGAGAAGCUCGGAAACUUUGCUCGCGCACUUGUGGACAUGGUCGGUAACGGCCCUCGCAAUGAGAGCAGUCCGUCUUUCCAAGUAUUGGAGAGCCUGGUUCGACACAUCCACUCUUUGGCCAAGAUGUUCCCAAUCGAUAUUGCAAACCAGUAUCGGUCUCACUUGGAGGAGAUCAGCCAGCAACGGCCUCUAGCUGUCCACAAUGGAGACCUGACGCUGCUGACCGCGAUUGCAUCGACAUUCCCGACGUCGGAUCAUUUCCACCAAGUUGCGACUCCCGCAAUGCUUACCAUCGGCCGUUACCUUGGCGGCAAGAUCCCGCAAACGCUCAGCGAAUACGCCAUCGGCAUCUACCUGUCGACUCUGGCGAUUCAGUACCAGCAGUUCUCGAAGCGAUACGUGCCCGAAGUCAUGAAUUUCGCCCUCAACACCCUGUGCGCGAUAGCUCCCUCGGCGGUUCCGAAGGUCUCCCGUGGCUUCCCUAUCCACGAACCCGCACCGGGCAUUCGUGUCUCGAAUGCGCGGAAGACACAACUCCGACGGCUUUCGCCGGCUGACUGUGCCAUCGUGGAGGUAUCUGGCGCUGAGGCCGAGUCCAAGAAGACUGCUCUGCUCAGCACGACUCUUCAACUCCUCGACGCUGCAGCUGACAUCUGGGCUGCAAAAUCCUCGUUCCACGAGACCUUUCAGCCCGCAUUCGAUAUCGUUGCGCACUUGGGCAGCAAAUCAAGCCGCUCCAAGCUGCCCGAAGCGCUGGGCGAGCAGCUCGACAAGUCCAAGCUCAAGCUGGAACGGAUGCUAAAGAUCGCACAGCUCUCGCGAAGACCGCUCGAACUGCACCACCACCGUCCGUUGGCCAUCAAGACGUACAUCCCCAAGUUCGAGGACUCGUACGACCCAAACAAGCAUUACGACCCGGACCGCGAGCGUGCGGAGAUGGCCAAGCUAAAGAAAGAGCACAAGAAGGAGCGCAAGGGCGCCAUGAGAGAGCUGAGGAAGGACGCCCAGUUCAUGGCCCGCGAGAAUCUGCGCUUGAAGAAGGCGAAGGACGAGGCGUACGAAAAGAAGUACAAGCGGCUCGUGGCGGAGAUUCAGAACGAGGAGGGCAGGGAGGCCAACGCGUACGAGAGGGAAAAGGAGGGCAGGAAGAAGGCCAGACAUCGCUAG